CGAGUCGUCAGGCAAGCGUUCAAGCCAGCCAAGUCCGCUUUGCCGUGUCGAAGCGUGUGGUCGUGUCGUUCGCGCCAAAAAUGUGCAGAACUCGAAAUUCGAACGUGAAUAGUGUCGAUACAGUUUAUACCCGACUUGUUUUUUAACUGUUAUUUUUACUUUGUAUAAAAUACAACAGUUGUCCACGUGUAUCGUGCCAAAAGCUGUGCUGUGUUGCUAACUUGUAUUACAUUUGUUUUAAAAUGCAACGGUUGUGUGUUUUAUGCAUCAGGUGUGCGGUUUGGUACUAAUUGAAAAAUGUGGAAAGGGUGCUUUGUGAUUUCUAUUCUAGUAUUAAACAUAAUCCCUUUGGGACUGUGUUCUAGUCUACUAUGCGGCCGCACCAACAAGAAAGAGUUAGGGCUGAACUCCGCAGCAGGGACAGCCCUAGCAUUGGCCCUUGUCCGCCCCCCCACUGCCCCUAAAGCGCCGUGCCAGCUCAGUCUAUCAUCUCCUAACGCCACAGCCUUUGCUAUCCGUCUCAUCGAUGUUAAGGAAUCUCUGACGGAUUGGGAGCGGGGCUUCACUGAUGUGCAGGCGCAGGCUGGCGGCUCUGGGCGCAAGUGGAGCGCGAGGUCGCCUGGCGCGCAAGACACAGCUACCGACCAAAAUGCUCCUGUCAACAACAGCAGUGACGCUUGCAAGCUGCUUAUUUACGUAAUGGACACGAAGAGUUUAGCAUGGCGGUUGUCGCUAUGCGGCGGUAAUGCGGCCGGCAUUGCAUCACGAGCCGGCACCAAGCUGCUGCCGUCCAAGAUCAAGAUAGUGUGGAACCCGCCUUCCUCGCCCUACCAGCACACGGAGAAACUGAGGCUCGUUGUUACUGCUGUUUAUAGUGGUACAAUAUGCAACGAGUCGUCCCUGUUCACGUGCGGGUCGACCAGCCUGUGCGUGUCGUCGUACCUGGUGUGCGACGGCGUGCGGCACUGCCCGGGCGGCGAGGACGAGGACGCGGGCGCGUGCGCGCACCGGCGCGACCCGCCGCUGCUCGAGCUGCUGCGACGGUUCGCCGCCAGGAACCAGGAGCUGCUGGGACUCGACCAGCCCGACGGCAUGACCAAGCCUUCAGUCAUCAUGAAGAUCAGUGAAGGCGAGAAGUCGUCGAACGCGUUCAUGGAGUUCGCGGCGGCGCUGAAGCCGUACGGGCCGUGGAGCUACCUCGUGGUCGGCAUGCUCGUCUGCGCCACCAUACUCAUGUUCUGCUUGGCUUGGGAAUGCUGCUGCAAGCGGUCCAAGCCGUCAGACACUCCAGUGGACAUUCCAUCGUCAUGCAUCGGCAUGUCGCCGUCAGUGACCGUCACAGCUGCGUCGCAACAACUGUUCUCACAGCCGCUGCCAUCCUCACCGCCGGAGUACGAACCUCCACCCUCCUACUCAUCACUAUUUCCAAGAAACAAACCAUCCCCCACAGCGAUACCUCACUGCUCACACCAAGAGCCGCCAGACUGAAUAUAAAUAGCUCUAGACCGAUAUCAAAUUUUGUACUUGUUACUGAGAAUGGAAUUUGUUUAUGCCAAAAAUUAUUAUUGAUAGGUGUUACUCCCUCGCUUAACGCGGCUAGAAGAUUAAUUUAUAAAAGACAAUGUUAUCAGUUAUCACUCAGUUAUUGUGCACUGUAGUGUCUUGUAUUGGUGCUAUGUGGCCUCGGUAUGCGCGGUUUCGUUAUUCGCGAUGAGCGAGGGAUUAAAAAGUAAAAAAUAUCGAUAAAAGUAGGUAAUUUACCUAUCUGUAUGUAACAUUUCAAAUUAUUACAAUUGAAAAUGAUUUAACGUGAUUAUGGCAUGACCCUAUAGACUUCCUAAUGAUGUAGAUUUUUUUUGGAUGUUCUAAAGGAAAAUACUCUUAAAACAGCAAAACUUUUUAAUAUGUUUUACAUUAAUCUACAAGUAAUUUUUCCAUUGAAAUAGUGUUAUCGCAUUAGAAAAUAUUAACAUUGAAUUGCAUUCAAAUACUUACUUCGGUAUAUGAAUUUUUUAAAUGGCUAAAUUUAGCUAAAUUAUUGUUUGUCAAAUAACGUAUCUGAUACAUUAAAUAAAAUUAGCGAGUAUUGUACCAAUGCUUAGUACUAUUUUGAGUGAAGCUCUAAUAGUUCUUCGUGACUAUUUUAUUAAAUGUAUUAAUACUAAUCCUGCACUCCACAGUCAGUAAAUCCAAGCGAUAAUACAUAUAAAACCUAAAAAUCAAUGCAAUAAAGCCAUGCAACGAGUACAAUUCCACUGAGCAAAGGAACUUCAUUAUACAGUCUUAUUGCGAACAUGCUUAUUUUUUGGGACCAAAUAUGAGAUUUAUGUUAAAUAUACAUCAUAUAGUAUUUGUAUGUAAUCAAUAAUAAAGCGAUCAUUUUUUUAUAAAAGACACGAAUGUCAUACAUAAUAUUAUUUACAAGUUGUAAAUUAAUAAAAGCGCCAUCUAUAAAGCGUAAUGGAUAACUAUUCUGUAAGAAGUAUUCGUUCAACAUUUUACAAGUGUGUCUGAGAAAUGUGCCUUUUUGAACCUUUUUAGGUUUAAUAAUUAUAUUGUGUAUAUUAUAAGGGAUGGAAGUGUUCUUGCUAUUAAUGUUUCUUUAUUUAGGAAGUACAGCCAAAAUGUGCAAUCUAAUUUAAGAUACUUAUCAGUUUAUAUUUCGUUCGAAGCUAUUAUUUCUGCUCGUAAAGUAGAAAGUAUUACGCCUUUAGUAUGAACUUAGGUCUAUUUGUGUAUAAAAGUUGUAUUCCUAUACAAAGUUCAUUUACAAUAUCGAGGCUUAGUAUUUACUUAGGCUGAGAUAUUUAUAGUCAAAUCCGUCAUAAGAAUAGUGAAUUGUCAAUUUUUCAAAGAAUCUUAAAGAAAAUUUUCACCAUAGUUUUUUUUGAGUGAUACAACUCAUGCCAGACGAUUAAAGAUCUCAGCCUAAUACUAUUAAUAUUUACUCAUUAUUGUACAUACUACGAUGAAAUGUAACAUCUGUAAUGACAAUUUUAGAAUAGACUAUUUGACUGAGAAAUAUGGGAUACAUUUUUACAGAAAGAAUGUUCAGUGUAGAAUAUUUUUCCCUGAUUAUUUUAUCAAUUAAUUAUAAUUGAUAGAAAAUUAGAGUCUGUAGUCAAUACAGCCAAUAUAUUUCGCAUAAAAUAUAUUACGCACUGUAGAUACAACGUAAUAUCGUAAUUGUUAGAAACAAACAAUUCGAGAAAUCAUACAUUACAAUUUAGAUCCUAUACGGUAUACCUAUAAUGAGCGGCCAUUGUUCUGUUUUCCGGUCGCAAUGCUCAUUUCGUCGGGGAAAGUGCAAUUUUGAACUAGUACUGGUGAAUACCGCAUAAGUGACAAGACAAAUUUAUAUUCGUUGAUAAAAAAAACAAAUAUCGACAUAAUUCUUUUUGUAAAUAAAUAAUUACACAUAGGCAGCAAGUAUUUACCAAUGUUAGAUAUGCUGUAUUGUACUAUCUCCGACGAAAAUAUAAAAAAAAAACCAUUUAAACUGCGCCUUAUGCGACGUUCUCUUGGUAUUAUAGUUAAAAUAGUACUGUGAUGUAAAUCUAAUAACAAUGUUUAUAUUUGUAUAAUUUAAUAUUACCCUUCAAAUGUUAUAUCAGUUGGUUAUUUUUCUCCGCAUCUCUUGUUAUUACUAGUCUUCUCUUGGAUUUGUUAUAAAUAACAAAACUAUUUCUUUGGGUUAAUAUUGUUACUGUAAUGCAGUACUUUGUACUUUAUUUGUCUAAGACUAGAAUAGAACACUUAUGAAAUGUCUUGAAAAAUAAUAGUGAUGUGUAUUAUAGUGAAAUAUUAAUAAACAAUAAGUAGGUAUUUAUUAAA